CUUUGUUGCCAUGGAAACAUCGAUACGCCAACAAUUUUUCUGUUACACACGAAGUAGUAAUUCGAUUAAUAUGUCCGAGUCCUUAAACAUUUAUUAAUUAAGUAACAACUGUUCGUGCAAUUGUGAUCGUAGCUAUUCUAGCACUUAUUCUCUAUGAUGGGUCUACUGAAUAUACUGAAGAAGUUGCGUUCUAAUCCUGAGAAAGAGCUAAGAUUGCUGCUCCUAGGGCUCGAUAAUGCUGGUAAAACGACGCUUCUGAAGCAGUUAGCAUCUGAAGACGUGACACAUGUGACUCCAACUGCUGGGUUCAACAUUAAAUCGGUGUUGUCCAGUGGCUUCAAGCUCAAUGUGUGGGACAUCGGCGGGCAGAGGAAAAUUAGACCUUACUGGCGGAAUUAUUUUGAAAAUACUGAUAUUUUAAUUUACGUAGUAGACUGCUCAGACCACCGAAGAUUGGAGGAGACAAGUCAGGAGCUGUCAGAGUUGCUACAAGAUGACAAACUCCGGAAUGUCCCAUUGCUGGUCUAUGCUAACAAGCAGGAUUUGUCUACUGCAUUACCUGCAAGUGAGGUGGCCACCCAUCUCGGUCUACACCUGAUCAGGGACCGCACUUGGCAAAUACAGGGAUGUGUGGCUACCGACGGCACCGGAGUUAAAGAAGGAAUGGAGUGGGUGUGCAAGAACAUCCCAGUUAAAAAGUAAUCAAAUAACUAUUAUCAAUACUAGCUUUAUCAGUUAUCUGCUUUGUAAUUUUCACUAAAGAUAGAAAGUUGCCACAUGUUUGAUCUCAUAUCUCAAUGGCUUAAUAUAGAUAAGAUAUAUUUUUUUGUAUUAAGUUUAGUUAAAUGUGGAAACUAAGAUUUCAAAUGAUCGAAAGGAAUGAAAGAAUUAGACUAAUAUUGAGUACUAGUAUUUUUACUAAAAAUAUAAGUUAUUUGUUUCAAAGGGCCUCGAUUUCCACUCUAUCAAUAUAUAUCUAUCAGUAUAAACUGGAAUCCUAAGCGUAGACGGCACGAGAGGUGGACACAUUUUGCCGCCAAAAAAAAACACUGCAAGGAAAAUACAAGCAAUAAAAUAUGACAAAUGUUAUCUAAUAAUUUAGAUACGAGAAGCACUUGAUUGCUAACAAUUUUGAAGAUCGUAAUUUUUGAUUAUCGAAACAUUACAUAAGUGCCUACCUACUUAGCCAACCUAUUAUGAUUACCACGUUGGCUGCCACCGGUGGGAUCACGUUAUCUUCUCUGUGUAGUCAUGAGCGUCACCGGUGGGAUUACGUUAUCUUCUCUGUGUAGCCAUGAGCGUCACCGGUGGGAUCACGUUAUCUUCUCUGUGUAGCCAUGAGCGUCAGAGCGUCACCGGUGGGAUCACGUAAUCUUCUCUGUGUAGCCAUGAGCGUCACCGGUGGGAUCACGUUAUCUUCUCUGUGUAGCCAUGAGCGUCAGCGGUGGGAUCACGUAAUCUUCUCUGUGUAGCCAUGAGCGUCACCGGUGGGAUCACGUUAUCUGCUCUGUGUAGCCAUGAGCGUCACCGGUGGGAUCACGUUAUCUUCUCUGUGAAGCCAUGAGCGUCACCGGUGGGAUCACGUUAUCUUCUCUGUGUAGCCAUGAGCGUCACCGGUGGGAUCACGUAAUCUUCUCUGUGUAGCCAUGAGCGUCACCGGUGGGAUCACGUUAUCUUCUCUGUGUAGCCAUGAGCGUCACCGGUGGGAUCACGUUAUCUUCUCUGUGUAGCUAUGAGUGUCACCGGUGGGAUUACGUAAUCUUCUCUGUGUAGAUUGAGCGUCACCGGUGGGAUCAAAAGCUCACUUGGGCGUGGGAGCAAUACUCCCACUAACUACUUUAAGGUACUAGGUAGGUAGGUUGUACUUUAAGGUAGUAAUUAUGGUGAGCACUGUGAGCAGCCAACGUAUUAAAAAUUAUCAUGUCUAGUCAUUUUUAAAUGAUAUUAAAUAGACAAAAUAAAUGAAGAAAUCCGUCCAAAGUAGACAUUGUUUUAAUUUAUUUUUUUGUGUUAAUCAUGAUUGAAAAUCAAAUUAUCAAAUAUGACCAAAAUGGAUAAUAAAUUAUAAUAAUUAUAUAGUACAAAAUUAUGUAUAAGGCUGAAACAUUAUCAAUACAUACCUGAGUUGAAAUGUAUAAAAUGUAUAUAUUUAUAGAAAUUGUUUUGCACCGAUAAUAGUUUGGUCAUGAAUCUAAUAAUGUUUCUUCACUAUUACCACUUACCUAUAGGUGUUUCAAACUUUCAACUUUGCCUGACUAAACAUAGGUUGACCUUACGAAAAUGCUGAAAAGUUAACGGUUUCAGUUUUAGGACUAAUUACAAUAUGAGAAACAAUUUAUUUAUGACAUUUAUGACAAAACUUUACGCGAAACAAGGGGUCCCUUUGUAUAGUAUUUCUGAAAACGUCAAAACUUCGUGAACAUAACUUUCUUCUAAACUCAUUAUUUCAAAAAUAGAAAAUUUUGAUUAUGUAUAAUGUAGGUAAAUAUUUGCUGGGCAAAGUUGAGUGUUAUAUUCUUAUCCAUUGACGUAUUAUAUCUAAGGAUGGGCCUUACGGGCAAACAUGGGAAAUAAUAAUGGGUUUUAACGUGAUUGGUUGAUGAGUUCGCAUAACGCGCGCGAUUGGUCGAAUACACAACACGAUUGGCUCAAAUGCGUGAGGCACACCGCUGAACUAGCACCAUUCUUAGUGCCCAUAAGGCCCGUCCUCAGAUAUACGUCAAUGUUCUUAUGGCGUUAUUCAUAAAUACAUUACAAGCCUGAAUUAUAUAUGAAUCGUUUAUCUUUAUCUGUCAUUUUGACUAAUGUAUUUGUAAGAAAGGGAUAAAACAUAAUUUAAAUAAUUUAGGCUCGUAAAGUUUUAUGAAUAUUUAUGGGUAUUAGAAACUUACUUAGUUGUUAGAAUAUCUUCCAAUCGUCAGUUACUAGCGUCACUAGCACAAUCACAGGGCCUGCCGCGAAACACGAAAAUCGAAAGUUCGGUUUCUGCCUCUCUAUCACUUCCAUAUUCGAUCGAUAGAGAGGCAGAUAACGAAAUUUCGAUUUUCGCGUUUCGCGGUAGGCCACCUGUAAACAAACCGCCUUGAUGCAUCAAUGUCAUAGUGAAAAUUUGUCAAAAACUGUUUAAAGCAUAGUACGUAUAAGUUACUCUAUGGUUUAGGAUGUGCACUAGUGCUGCACUCUGGCGGCAGAACAUUGCCGUAAUA